AUGAAGAAUUGAUAAGAACAUGUGAGAAUGAUGGAAAAAUGGAAAAUUAAAUUUAGAAAUUAAUGUUUUAGAUCUUCAGCCUUCAGAUUUGAAAUUGAAAGAAAUGAGGAAUAUUCGUUUCCCACUUGGAGAUGGAGAGAAGAGAAUAGUUUACUUCGCAAAUUGAAAUCGUAUUGCGUUGAACUGUUGGCGGUGUAGGUAUUUUGUGAUUUGAUCGCUAAUUUUCGUCAAGAAAAAGUCGGUGAACUAUGAUCUGGAUCUUAAUUCGAUCGUAGAUCUUUUUAGGUUUUUACACAACCCUCUACCGCUACCGCAUACGCACGUUCCCAGAUAGGAUAGUAAGAGGUAAGCGGCCAUGUCAUUCGCCGAAUUGAUCCGGCAAUCCGAUGCGAAUUUGAUCUGCGUGCAAUCUGACACGGUGCUGCGAGGGUUAUUGCUGAUAAAGGAAUGUAUCGGCAAACAGGAAGAUGAUCAAGGGGAAGAAAUUCAUUGGUUUUGUUACAACGUUUGCUCUAAAGACUUGCGUGCAGAACUGCAGCUCGACGAUAGCAGCAGCCGCCGGCGUCACCACUUUCACGAUUGUUUUCCAGCCUCGUGUUUCAACGCGACGACGAGAACGAAUGCGACGGAGCAGUCGCAAUCGCUGCGUCAAAAAAUCGGCGUUUCGUCGAAAAAACUCGUGCUUAUUAUCGAUUCCGUGUCGGCGUUAAUUAAUGAGGAUGAUUUCGCCGCUAUCGAUGGUAUACUUCGUGAAAUUUAUUCGUUGCAAAAAAACGCGCGUCGAUGUUGUACGCGGCUAUUUCUCACGACACACGACAGUUGCUCCCGUAAUGCCGCUACUUUCUCGAAACAUUUGCGAUAUUUAGCCAACAUUUGGUUGACCGCCAGCCACGAUACGGUUUCGAUGAAAAUCAAAAAGUCUAGCGGCAGAAUAUCGAAACAGGUGUUGGAAUACAACGACGGUGAUUUAACGCUAGUCAAGAAAAUGAACGUUGCAAAAACUGGCGUCGAAAAAUUAGUCGAAGAUAAUUUGUGCAGCUUCAAACUCGAUUUAACCGACCAAGAGAAAGAAGCUAGGAAUGCGGUUCAAUUACCAUACGUCAGGCAUUCCGAUAGCAGCGUCAAUCGCGAGUUCUCCGCGACGAAAAUACAUUAUAAUCCGGACGAAUACGAUGAUUGGGAUGAAGAAGAACCCGACAAUGAUUUAGAAUUCGUGUAAAGAUGGAACGUUGAAAUUUUAAGACUGCGCCACGGUUGAAAAUACACCCCGCUCAACUCAAGUCUGAAACGUCGAUUUGAUAAAAUUAAAAAAUUCACGUACCUAAUCGUAAAAUCUGAUAUCGUCUUCUACGAAAUGUACAAUAAGUAAAAAGUACAAUGUACAUAAUAUGUAAUAAAAAAAUAUUCGAAGUAAUGAAAA